AUGUCGAAUGGUGAGGACUACAAGGUACGUGAUGACUUCGAGGUAGGUGAUGACUUCGAGGUAGGUGAUGACUUCGAGGUAGGUGAUGAAGACAUAUUCAUAGACAGAGCCAGUGAUCCAGGGCAAAAUUGGAAGGGGGCAGUACAAGAUGGCAGAAACGAUCAGACACCAAGUGGCACAAUGAUCCACUUUAUUUAUUUGGCCCAGGAAGCUAGCCCUGGAAUAGGGCUCCCGCUGUGCCAAGCUGGCCAUCGAGCCCCUGAAAUUCCAUCGGCCAAUGGUAUCUUUAUCUUACCUGCUGAGGAUUGA